AUGGUUGCAAGCUCAGAUCUCGAAAUCGGGCAGCGAGCAACAAAUACCAGUCUGGGCCAAGUGGCACAUCUACCACAAGAACACCAGGACUAUCUUAUCCGCCGCCAUGGCACCCUCGAUCUCGACCCGGUUCCUUCUGCGGAUCCGGCAGAUCCGUAUAAUUGGCCAGAAUGGAAGAAACUUUCGAAUCUCAUGUGUGUGGCAUUUCACGCCAUGAUAAGCCACUUCAUUGCCGCAGCCAUCAUCCCCGCAUAUGAAAAUAUCGCCGAGGACUUUAGCAUCUCCAUCACCAAGGCGUCGUACUUGACGUCGUUGCAAAUUGCAAUUGUGGGAUUUGCGCCACUGUUCUGGAAGCCGAUUUCGAAUCGUUAUGGUCGGAGACCAGUAUGGCUGAUCAGUACGCUGGGAUCCGCACUCUUGAACGUCGGCUGUGCCUUCUCCGACAGUUAUUCCACCAUGGCAGUAUGUCGAGCAUUUGCGGCAUUCUUCAUCAGCCCUCCCGUGGGCAUCGGCAGUGGUGUUGUCACGGAGACGUACUUUAAAAAGCAACGAGGGCAGUUUAUGGGACUGUGGACUUUGCUCCUCACUCUCGGUCCACCUCUCGGACCAUUCGUCAUGGGUUUCGUGGUGACCCAGACAGGAAACUACCGAUGGAUCUACCGCGUGCUCGCCAUCAUCAACGGCGUCCAAUUCCUCUUCGCUCUCUUCCUCCAACCGGAAACUCUGUAUAUUCGCAAAGGAGUCCAACACGUCGGAUCGGCGUUUAAGCAAGAAUACCUCACCUUUGGCCGUCUUGACCCCAAACCGCUCAAAAUGUACGAAUUCAUCCAACCGCUCAGUCUAUUCAAGUAUCCCUCCAUCUUGAUCCCCACGAUUGCAUAUUCCAUGGUCUUUGGCUUCUGCAGUGUGCUCCUCACAGUGGAAAUCCCACAACUCUUCAUCCCCAAAUUCGGCUUCAACGCGCAACAGAUCGGUCUCCAAUUCCUCGGCAUCAUCAUCGGAAGUCUCAUUGGCGAACAAAUCGGCGGCCGACUGAGUGAUUUCUGGAUGCAUCGCAAAGCCAAGCAAAUGGCAUAUCACGCACCUCCUCCUCCCGAACAUCGUCUGUGGCUCUCAUACUUUGGUUUCGUGCUUGCCAUGGUCGGUCUCAUCGUCUUUGGCGUGAGAUUUCAACAACUCCCUGCACACCAAUACGACGUUUCGCCCAUUGUCGGAAUCGCCAUUUCUGCCGUGGGAAAUCAAAUUGUCACGACUGUAUCGACGACGUAUGCUAUUGAUUGUCAUUUCGAACACAGUGCCAGUAUUGGCAUCUUUAUCAACGUGAUUCGAUCCACGUGGGCUUUCAUCGGUCCCUUCUGGUAUCCUAGCAUGUUAUCCUCGCUCGGAGGAUCCGGUUCAGGCGGACUGAUGGCGGGUCUGAUUUUCCUUUUCAGCAUCAUCCCCAUGGCGAUUGUGCAAUGGAAAGGAAAGCAAUGGAGAAGAAGCACACAAGGGAAAAUUUCGAGUCCUCUUCCCCAAUCCCAAUCAUCAUCAUCGGAACCUGCUGCUGCUGCUGCUGCGGAGAAGGAUUUUAUCAUGAGAAAUGAAGAGACGAAGAAGGAGGGGCUAUGA